AUGAACACUCCGAAUUCUACAACAACGGUUGUGCAUGACCUUAUUUUUGACCAACUCGAAGAUCUUGGCAAUGAUACGUUCUCAGAGUUUGAUCCGGUUGGCUUUCAUGUUGGAUCCUAUGGUAGCACCAAUUCAAGUUCUUCAUUUUCAUCGUGUCCUCCGAGUCCCUAUCAACAUUAUCAUUCCGCAAGUUCGGAUCAUUUGAGCGAGAAUGGAAGUGUGGAUCAUGAUUAUUCGUUUAAUUCCAUGAUGGACGGUAGUAUGAUGUCGUAUCAUCAUGCUCCUCCUUCUCCUUCAAAUUAUUCAAACGAUGAUGAUGGAAUGGAAAUGAUGAUGAAUCAUCAUGAAUUUUAUUCUCAACAACAUCAGCCAUCUUCCAACCACCACCAUCAUUAUACUUCAACACAUCAACAACAAUAUCACCAUCAAACACAUCAUCACUCACCAUAUCCAACUCCUAAUUCAAGUUUUGAUGAAUACUAUCCCGAUGAUGGUAUGUCAGGUCACUACUCGACACAUCAUUCCACGACUCACUCAACAACAACACAUCCUCAUCAAAUCAAGGAAAGUGUAUCCAUGCCCAAUAUGAGCUCAACAACAAGAACUUUGCAUUCACAACAACCUCCACCUUCCAUCCAUGGGGAUUUAAUUGUUAAGGAUUUAUUUGUACAGGAUCAUACAGGAAAGAAUAUUGAUUCCAGUGCAUUGAGUAAUUGUGUGCUGAAAUGCCACCACCAAUUUUUUGGAAUUGUUUUUGACGAUAGCUUUCAUGGUCCUUCUAUUUCACAGUUUUAUCCAACAGAUAUUGUGACAGUGGUGAGACAGAGUGACCGUAUUGGAGUUUAUGUUCAAUUUAGAAGAUUUUUGACAUGUAAAACAGUUUGUACAGAAACAUUAGCAAUGAGAUAUCCUACAAUGAACGAACAUUGGAGCAAGUAUGCAGAUGAACAAUCUUGGUCCGAUCCAAGAUCACACUUUUACAAGGAUUCUCCACUCAGUACAUGUCUCUACACCAUGAUUGAGUUUUAUAAUGAGCAACAAAUUCAAUAUCUUUUUGCCUAUCUCGAGAACAAUAUUCGAUUAUUGGAGUGCCUGAAAAUGAUCUAUCCUCAAUGGAUGUUUUGUGCACACUUUUGUACCUCCAAUGAUGUUCAACUAAUUUAUUUGGCAGUUCAAAAUAAGCAAUUCUCUAAGGAGGUCGACCAGUAUGUGAGUGUGAGAGCUAGUGCUGAUACCGAUUCUAUCGACAUGUCACCAAGUGCUUCAAUGGAUCUCGAAAGCAUGAAGGAAGAAAUGGCCAACAGUAAACGACUCGUACCAAUGUCAAGAACAGGAUUUGUACCUAAAUGGGCCAAGAAGGCCAAUUCCACCGUACAAGUUGGAGUUUUGACCACAUUGAAACAGUAUCACUUUAAGAACAGAGAUGGAGCAUCCUCACGAAACAAGGCAUCGAUCAUUGACUUUAAGAAAAUUGAACUCAUUGUUCCGCCUAAUUUCUAUAGUAUUGCUUUGGAAGUGAGGAAUUUCUGUGAAGAGUUAUUGAUUAGUGGUCGAUUGUUACCUUAUCAAUUGAGUGUGGGUUUGUGUAAUACACUUGCCAUUGCUCAAACGGAACAUGCCAAAAUGAGAGCCAAGCAAGUCAUUAAGGCACUCUCGAAACAUCCAACUGUGCAACUUAGGAACAUGUCAGCCGUUGCACGAUACAUCAUUUCAAGUAAUUUAGAGCAACCACAACCACGAUCCAAUCCAACUGUUGUGGAUGGAAGCGCAUCGAUGAGUGGUGGUGCGCGCUCCUCCAAUAAUGCCACUGUUGGUUCUCAGCAACCCAAACCACGCAGAACUGUGAGUAUGGCUCUUGACACGAGUCGAUUAGUUGGCAGCAAUGGCAGUGACAAACAAUUAGGAUCUAAUUCACGUGGUUUUGAAAGAAAACGAAGUCUCUCUGCUCAAGAUGAAACCUUAAAUACUUUGUUCAGUAAUUUAAGACUUACCAAUGUUAAGGGAGGUGAAUACGGAAAACACUCUUCGAUGAAAACCACAAGUACGAGUGGAACAGGGUCAUCAGGGACAAGCACACUCACAGGUAUUAAUCACACGAAUGGUGGGUCAACUGCAUCCUUGUCACCACUCCUUGUACCUGCAUCUUCGAAUCAGUCAUCUGUGGACCGAUGCAUCAUUUCAUAA